AUGCAUCGUUUUCAUUAUCUGUUUCUGAUAGUGGUUGUGUUAUACCUUUUAUCUUGUUCAACAUCAAAUGGCAAUAGUCUAUCAUGUAUUCCGAAUACAAAUUGUUCAUGUUAUUUCGAAGAGACAUCCUUUAUUUUAAGUGAUUGUGAUUAUGCAUUACCCGAUUUACCUAUUCCUAAAAACGUUGAACAGUUAACAAAAAUUAUUGUUCAAAAAGGUUUAACUCGUUUACCACAUAAACUAUGUUCGUAUAAAAAUGUUCAAUCAUUGGAUCUUAGUGAAUCAUAUUUUGAAAUAAUAACCGAUUUAACAUGUUUACAUCAAUUAAAAUAUUUAAAUAUAAGUUCAUGUAAAAUUCGAUGGAUUAAUCAUAAUGCUUUGAAUAAUUUAAAUGAACUGAAAACAAUUGAUUUAUCACAAAAUCAACUUGUAAAACUUAAUUGUAGUCUAUUCAAAUCAUUGACAAAUUUAGUAUCAUUAAAUCUAAGUUCUUGUAAAUUAGAACAAUUAACAAAUUUUGACUUAUUAUUAUCAUUGUCUCACUUACGUACUAUUGAUCUAACACACAAUGAAUUAUUAACUAUUGAUUCAAUUUCAACAAGAACAUGGCUUCAUUUAACUUCAAAAUGGUUCAAUUCAUGGGAAAAUUCUCUCGCCAUUAAUACAUCAAUAUCAUUUACAACAUUUUUUCACAAUAAAAAUGAUAUUGAUCAAUCAGAUAUAAAAAAUAUUAUAAAAAAAUUAUCGCGUUCAAUAUUCUCAAAUUCAUCUUCGUUAUGUAAUUGUCGUGACAUGUUCACAUAUCAACGUAUUUUUAAUAACAUACGACUGGAAUCUAAUAAAACAAAAGCAUUUAUCAAAGAUCGACCAUUAUUUCGGGCAAUGUGUUCCAUUACAACUGGUGAACGUCUCUAUUUAUUUAACAUUAAGAAUUAUAAACAAUAUUGUUUACCAACAACAACCUCAACAAUGGUAAGUAUGUUCUAA